AUGACAGUAUCAGCGGAAACCGAAAGUAGUGGGUUCUUGAAUACGAACAUGUUCAGAUACUUUAUUCUGCUUCUGGGCUUCUUAUGCUUGACUACAGUCCAGUCCAAUAUGGUAGCUCUAAAUUUUACAUUGAUCUGUAUGACGUCAGACAAUAAUGUCACUGUAAGUAAAGAAGAAAUGGUAGAUACAACCUGUCAUUAUGUUGAAGCUUCACUUAAUUUUUACAAUUUUUGAAUUACAGAUGUUGUUAUAGGUGCAAAACGGAUUCCCUACGCAUGAAUAUACCCCAAUAGAACAGGGUUACCUAAUGUGGUCUGUAGCCAUUGGUAGUAUGAUUGGUACCUUCCCCUUUAGUUGGUUGUACACUAAUUAUGGUGCUCAUUUGGUGUUCUUUGGUGCUGGAGCAUUAUCAGCUGUAGCGACGUGCUUUAUACCGUUCGCAGCCUCUACAAGUUUUGUCUUCUUUGUGAUUUUGCGUUUCACACAGGUAAAAGGUUGUUAACCUUAUAUUAUAUACAUACAUUACUAUCAGAUAUCUUAUGUUAUUUGCCUAUUCAUUUAUAUAAACUUUCUCUUAGGGUUUUGCCUAUGCAGCAGACUUUGCAGCUAUUGGAGUAUUAUGUUCACGAUGGGCUUCACUGAAGCAAAAUGCUUUGUUCUUAUCAGUACUAACAUGCUACUCAGCUUUAGCCACUUCAUUCACAAAUCCUAUGGCUGGAUUGGUAAGUUCAUUGAUAUAAGCAAGAAUGUACACCAACUUCUACAUUGAGGAUCUGUUUCUUAAUUUACAUAUUUUAAUUAAAAAGUGUAUUCUUAUGUCACUUUUGCUAUAUUAUUAUUGUAUUUAAGUAUUCUGUACUUUAAGUUUUGCGAAUCCGCGUUCUUUGGAUGGCCUUCCAUAUAUUAUUUCAACGCUAUUGUAAGCAUCGUGCUCUUCGGGGCGUGGCUGCACUUCUACAACGAUUUCCCCGAGAAAAGCAGAUACGUCUCCAAAGUGGAGCUGGAGAAGAUCCAUAGAAACAAAACGAAGGCACACAUCGAGAUGGACAAUUAUGUCCCAUACAAAGUAAGUCUUAACUUGAGUAACACAGUACAACAAAGGUUAACACCAACACAUUGCAAAUUACAGUAGUUUUUAACAAUUUACAGCACAUCCUAACCAACAGAGUAGUUAUGGCGUGCUGGCUGAACGCAUUUGCUGACUUAUUUACCGCUGUCUUCAUGCACACGUACCUACCACAAUAUAUCAGAUAUGCACUUGGCUAUACUGUAGCAGAAACAGGCAUCAUAUCAGCUAUACCUACAAUAUUAUACAUUCCAAUGAAAGUAGUGUUUGGAUAUUCAAGUGACAAGUUCAAAUGCAUGAGUGAGAGAGCCAAACUCUUACUUUUUAAUGGAAUUGCCGUAGGGGUACCAAGUGUACUAUACGUGUUAGUAGCGUUUGUGGAAACCCGGCUGAUCAACGUUAUCAUUGUUAUCAUUAUUCAUAUCUUUUACAGUGCUGCUGGAGGAGCCUUUUACAAAUGUGCUACUUUAACUUCACGGUAAUCAGUUUGUUGUUGUUUCAUUAAUAUAAUUUUAGGUAUCACAUAAGUCUUGUCCACAUUAUAUUUGUAUUCCAGACAGUACAGCCACUUUGUGAUCGCCAGCAUCCAAUUCAUCAAGUGUGUCACGUUAUUCCUGGCCCCAACCUUGAUGACCCUGAUCGUCGACGAUACGACGGACUUUCACAAAUGGAGCAUCAUAUACCUCAUCUUCGCAGUAAUUCUGUUUGUGGUAUGUUAUGACGAAACGCCUUCUCUAAUCAUUUUUACAGUCAAACGUUGUAUUUCAAAUAUAUGCAACAGAUGAACCGGCUUCAUUCACGGAAUUGUCACGUUCUCGCAGAAACUCCGAAUCAGAACGGUCUCCUCCCCCUCCGCUCGUGUUAACGUAA